UCGACCGCCGGUAGGCUCAAGUACGCCGAUCCUCGCAGCCUCCCAAGCUUCCCGUCUACCGGUCUGAGCCCAGGCGGCGCAGCAGCCAGCGCGGCAGCAUCUCUUGGCUGGUUCACCCACAAGCCAGUCGAGACGUGGAAGCCGGACAAGGCGUCGUCGGCAUCGGCCGCCGCAGUUCUGGCUAAAGACUACAAGAUGUCACCGAUGUGGGAGCCCACCAUGGACGGAACGGGCACCAAGGCGGCCGUGCUGGCUGUCGGCUCUGCCAGCACCGCAUACAGGCAGUCGAGCGUCAAGAAGCCUUUGUACGACUCAUGGGGCAGUUCUGCCGCAACGCAGGCUUUCAGCGCAAACGCGAGGCGGCCAGAACCGGAGCCGGAGCCGGCCACGCUGACCACAUCUCACGGAAGCUCUGCCGCCACACAGGCGUUCCAAGCGAGCCGAGUCCAAUCGGCCAAAGCGGCCAGCUCACCGCCCGGCUCUCCUAGAGAGAAAUCUUUGGUGGCCGCCAAGGGAGCCAUGGCUCCCUCGAAGCUCGGCACACCCCGCUCGAGGCUCCGGUCAUACUCCCAACCCCAGGAACCGUCUUAUCCAGAAGCGACUAGGGCUUCCGUGAGUGCCCUGAAUGGAGCAUCCAUAGCUCACCGGGCUGCCAUGAACAAGCCGCCGCCAGCAGUCGAGGACACCGGCGCGAUUCCAGUCACCACCAUGACCCGCAACAUGUUCACCUCACACCCCCCUGUGAAGCCCGAAGUCGACGAACAGACGGACAACGAAAGAAUCCACCAAUCAGCGGUCGAGAUGGCAAAGAAGAUGUACCGGCAGCAGCAGAGCCGGCACGAGGGCGACGGCCUAGAGGCCGGGACUGGAGAGACCUCAGCGAAUGGCUAUGUCGACUUACAGGAAGCGGCGUAUAGGCAAGCACAGGCACGGCUUGCCAAGCUUCAAGAUGAACACGACAGAAACCGGCGAUACCACGAGUACUACGGCGCGGAUAAGCCACUGCGCCGCCGGUUUACUAUUGCCAACAAGCUGCGCCGUCGAUCCGCCAGUGACAGCGACAUGGAAGGCCGUGCCCGCUCCGACUUGAUACGCCAACAAAUGACCCUCUUCUCCUCUAGGCUCGAGCAAGUGGACGAAGAGAAGCGCCAAAGAGACCGGGAAGCUCUCUACACGGCUGCGCAGCGCAACGUCAAGGCAAGCCUCCAGGGAAUGGACGAAAAAGUCUAUUUCGAGACUGGCAAGAUGAACCCGACGGUUUUGGGUGACUGGCAGUUUAGGGCCCAGCAAGCCGCCCAGCUUCGACACGACACACGAACAGAAGGCGAGGGCAGGGUGGACAUCGGAGGCGGAGUAUUCAUGGACGCGGAUGAAAUCGAUGCCAUUGCCGCCAGGAGAGUGCGGCCCGUACUGGACAAUAUACACGAAAAGGCCGAGGCCGAGCGGGAGCGUGUGGCGUCGGCUCGAAUGGAGGAAGCAGCAAACAAGGCCGAGGCUGAAAGAGAAAAGGCCCGUGAGCGCGAGCUGAAAGAUCUUCAGAAGAGGGUCAAAGGUAUACAGCAAGAGAAGCAAGAAGAGAAGCAGAAGAGAGAAGAGGAGAAGAUGGCCAAAGCCGAACAAAAGAAGCUGGCCAAGGAGGAACGGCGCAAGUCCAGGACGGAGCCGGAGGCGGUCUCGGGUGCCCUCGACUCAGGUAUGCGGGGAGAGACGGAAGCGCGAGAGGCAGAUCCGCAGAGCAGGCGAAAUUCCAGCGUGCCAGAAGUGACCACCCCGCCCGCGCAGCAGGAGACUGGCGCAGAUCUCGUCGACAGCUCACCUAAGAAGUCAUCAGAAGGACCCACGUCCCCGACGGCCCGAGUCAAGGGCUGGAUCAAGAAUCGAUUCUCGCGGGGCAAGUCCCUCAGCGAGCCAGACGAGAAGAAGAAGGGCUUCGUCGGCGGCGCCGCGCUGAGGGACUCUGGCCCAGGUGGCAGCACAGGCAGCCUGGAGAACCGCUCGUCCAGCAUGCGGGAGGUUUCGCUUGCCGGGAGGGGUGUCGAAGAGACUGCCGAUGCUCAUCCCCAGCUCCAGAACAGAGACUCUCGCGGCGUGAGCCCGGUCAGCUCGGGAAGCGGCAGAAGCAGUGAUAUCGAGAGCUUCGAGACGCCUCGGGCCAUUAUGGACCAGCCUCCCCGACAAGGAAACAGCCCCAUGCGGGACUCUCGAUUCAAAGAAAUGAUGGAUCAAUGA